AUGAAAUCCCACAUUCAUGGCUUUAUGACGAAGUCUCGCGAGUUGUCUUGUGUGAUCUUGAUUGCUAUCGCUGAAGAGUAGGAGGAAAAUAUCAGGACAAUUCAUGAUGAGUUAUGCUGAAAAGCCGGAGGAGAUAACGAGAGAGGAGUGGAUGGAAAAGCUCAACAAUGUCCACAUUCAGAGAGCCGACAUGAACAGGCUCAUCAUGAACUACUUGGUGACAGAGGGGUUUAAGGAGGCAGCUGAGAAGUUCCGUAUGGAGUCUGGAAUUGAGCCCAGUGUGGACCUGGAUUCUCUGGAUGAGAGGAUAAAGAUCCGGGAGAUGAUCCUGAAGGGACAGAUACAGGAGGCCAUUGCACUCAUCAACAGCCUGCACCCAGAACUGCUCGACACAAACCGCUACCUGUACUUUCACCUACAGCAGCAGCACCUGAUUGAGCUGAUCCGUCUGAGGGAGACUGAGGCAGCACUAGAGUUUGCUCAGUCCCAGCUGGCAGAGCAGGGGGAGGAGAGCAGAGAGUGUCUGACAGAGAUGGAGAGAACCCUGGCCCUGCUGGCCUUCGACAACCCUGAGGAGUCGCCCUUCGGAGAUCUCCUCAACACGAUGCAGAGGCAGAAGGUGUGGAGUGAAGUGAACCAGUCUGUGCUGGACUACGAGAACAGAGAGUCAACGCCCAAACUGGCCAAGCUCCUCAAACUGCUCCUGUGGGCUCAGAACGAACUUGACCAAAAGAAAGUCAAGUACCCCAAAAUGACAGACCUCAGCAAGGGCACGAUCGAGGACCCAAAGUGACCGCACGCCAGGCUAUGUGUGCCGUGGGAAACUAAAUGGACUCACCUACUCCCCUCCUAUCUAUUUAUGCUCCGACACAGACUGACUCAUACUACUUUUUUUUCUUUUUUUGUGUGGGUUGCUUUUUGGGAGACUUUGAUCACAUGGACUGUGCAAACUGGAUGGUUUGUAUUUUUAAAGUGACUUUCUGACUGAAACUUCAAUAUCUGAAAUAUAAACCCUUGUAUUUUAAUGAAGUAAAAUUAGACUUUUUGUUUCAUGUCUCCGAUAGAUGGUUACAUAUUUCACAGUUACACUAUUUUUUUCUGUCUACUGGCAGGGAAAGUUAGCAAUCUUUGCAUAUGGAGGGUGUGUUUAAAGCCUAAAUUAGGCUCUCGGGACUAUAAUGUGUCAACCUGGAACAGGAAUGAGGGUGUGGUGUUUGGGUAGAACGAUUGGUUCCCAUUGCUGUGGUCCACUGUCAACAUUUUGUUUUAUUUUUCUGAACAAAAACAUGCACCGUUUAAUGAUAUUGGAUAGGGGCCAAAGCUUCUGGGUACUGAUGGUGAAUGCUUCUCAGCUGCCAAUGCCCUGUAUCUUUGUCCAGAGUUUUAUUGCAACUUUAGUUUUUUCAUCCUGUGUUAUCUUGAACAAACAAGACAAUAAUGUGAAUACAUACAGAGGCAUCCACUCAGUUCACGGUGGCUGUUUUGCAACCGGAUUAUUUACAUGUAUGGAAUAAAAUACUCUUUUGGAACACUU